UCAUGUGAUGAUGUGAAACUAAACAUAACCUAAAAAUUAUGGAAUUUUGAAAUUUGAUUUUAAAAUUAUUUGUAUUGUAGCAGAAUCAUUUAACAGUACAAGCUAUAAAAUUAUAUUCACAUUUAUCAACAAUUAAAAUUUAUUCUCAAACAUUACACAGUAUUAUCAUCAAAACCAAUUUACAGCAUUUUACUUGAGUCUUAAUCUGCAAAACUUGUAAGUUACAUUUCAAUUCAAUGGCUAGCACCGCUGAUCUCGAGAAUGACCCUCAUUUUCAAAAAUUCGUUGAAGAACAGGUUCAAAAACAACGUUUUCAGAAUCUUGUCUCUGAAUUGACGAGUAAAUGCUGGGAUACCUGCAUUGAUAAGCCCACCCCUCGCUUGGAGAGUCGAUCGGAAGCCUGCUUAGUGAACUGUGUUGAACGAUUCAUGGACUCCACUCAUUUUGUGCUCAAUAGAUUCGAGAAAAUCAGUAAAACAAUGGCCAGUGCUGACAGUAGUGAUGGAUUACUUUCUGAUUAGAUAGAACAUUAUAAGUAGUGAGAAUCCCAGCUUUCCAAUGAAUUUCUGUUUUGCUGAAAAAAAUUUCCAUUACUUUUUAUGGGAGUGUACCAAUAUUGGCAGUCUGAGAAUAUGUGAAUACUCCUAUUUUUUAAUACCUUGUAAGAACUAUAAGAAUAUAUUGAUCCUGUAAGAACCAAUGUAACAUUUUUCUUGCCAGCAGAGUAGAAGUUCAUUGGGAACAGAUCAAUUGUUUAAUUUAGUUAAAGUCAUCUGUAAUUCUUUAAACCGUUUGUUAAUCAACCAUUGCUAGUUAUGAUAGAUAACAUGAUGAAUGAGUGAUAAAAACUGUAGUUGAUGAACUGAUUUUCUAGAAAAUAUGAUUUGGUAAAUAAUAUUUGUGUGCUAGGAAAAGUUACAAUAAAUGUUCAAUUUAUUCAGUUCUGAAAGUAAUAGUUGGCCAAUUGUCAAGUUUGUAAAAUUCAUUAAAUAACUCCUAAAGAUGAAAUAAAUUCUUAAAAUGAUAAAAUUAUGAAGGUAUAGGUACUAGAGAUAGAAAUGAUAGUAGGAAAACUCUAAACUAAAUCAUUUGAUAAAUAAUAUUUAGUUGCCAGUGAUUCCAAAGCUAUAAAAAAAUAGUAGAAUGAUGAUGAAUCAUAAUAGAGAAAUGAAGAUUAUAGUAUUCCAAUGAUAAAUCUAGAGAUAUCUUGAAUGUCAACAGUAUUCAAAUUUAGCUGAAAAUAUUAUCUUUUACCAAAAUCCACUCUCUCAUUUUCAAAAUCUACCUAUAUAUUUAUUGGAAUAUUUUUAUGUACAAUUAAAAUAGGCUACUAUGCUUCAAAUUCAUCACUGUUCAUAUAAUAAUUAAAUACCAUUAUGAAGCUAGCAAUUAUAUUAUUUUAAUCUAUGAUAUCACGUUGUAUCAGAUUUGCUUGGAUUAUGUAACAUAUUGAUAAUUUGUUAUCCUGCAAAUUGAGUUUGUCUAAUAUUAAUUAGAGCAAUGAACACCGAACCCCUAUAAUGGAAAUUAUGAAAUAAUAUAUCCAUUGUUUUCUUGUUGUUCAUGUAAAUAAAAUGAUAUAAUUUUGAAAACAA